UAUGAGAGGGGAAAACUUGUAUAAAUCCGGAAAGAAAGGCGUUUCGUUACUAUUCGACGAAUCUUCAUCAUUCAUUAUCGCUCUUGGUACGCGUUAUUACUUAUUGGCCGCCGAAUUAUUACUUGGCUCCCUGGUUUUUGUUCUGGGAUACGCGUUGCUCAACUUUCAAGAAAGAAUUUGCGAAUGGCGACUUCCCUUGUUUAUCAUGUCUUUAAUAACUUUUAUAACGGCCUCUUCAUUUCUGGAAAAUUACGGCGCUAUUGUGGAAACUACCUACACUUGUUUACUCGUUAUUGGUAACGAUUUGAAGGGGGAGGAGGAAGAGAAGGAGGAGGAGGACAAUCAGAAGAGUAAUUCAAAAGACGGAAAAAAAUCUAAAGUAGCGAUGUCAUUAGGCUUUAUAAAAAGAAAGAAUCCCAUUAAAGCGGCCACUGGUAAAUUGGGAUCAAUUUUUUCAGAUUAUGGUAUUAAAGUUCCCGCCAGUGCCGUAAUAUGA